CCCGUUAAUGCACCCAAGACUGCACUAUCUAUGUACUGCAGCAAAACAAUAACAAAAUUAACGCGUGGCUUCACGGUUUGCAACUCCCGUAGCAAAACCGAACUUUUGUCCCCUCAAACCGUUAUCACCAUCAGCAGUAGUUAUGAAAACGAAUUCGGAUAGAAAGUCCUCGUCAGUGCCCUAUAAAAAGUUAUCUGCAAAGGAACGCUUCGAGCGCAAAGAGCUAAGCAAGAAGAAAAGACAGAACCAUCUGCUGGAACGGGUAAAACGGGAGUUUGAACAGGUGGAAAACGAAAAGGAUAUUGCUACUGCCACAAUCGACGUGCCGAGUAUUCCGGAAAAUAAAGCCGCUUCUACGCUCAGUAUCGCUGUUCCGGGUUCUAUACUAGACAAUGCUCAGUCGCAAGAACUUCGCACCUAUUUAGCCGGACAAAUAGCUCGGGCGGCUUGUAUAUUUCAAGUGGAUGAAAUUAUUGUUUUCGAUGACUGUGGUAGCUCUAACCAGGCUAUGGACAGAAUGGGUACGAUUGAUACGGCACAAGGCAGCACUUCCGCCAGACGCUGCUGUGUACAAUUGGCUCGAAUUCUGCAAUAUCUUGAAUGCCCUCAGUAUCUGCGCAAAUCAUUUUUUCCAAUGCACAACGACCUUAAAUACUGCGGAUUGGUAAAUCCAUUGGACUCACAGCAUCAUCUGCGGCAGGCCAGCGAGUUUGAGUUCCGCGAAGGAGUAGUGACCAACAAGCCCACCAAAAACGAUCGUUCUGCGUUUGUGAAUGUAGGUUUGCUUAACGAUGUCCUCGUUGACGGUCAGUUGAAAGCGGGACUGCGAGUUACGGUCAAAAUGCCUCCGGGGGUGGAUCUUAAAUCGAAAAAGAUUCGCGCCAAAGUUGUUCCACCUACACAGCCUCGACAGGAAACCGGCAUCUAUUGGGGGUACAGUGUGCGCAUAGCAAACUCUCUUUCUCAGGUGUUUACCAAAAGUCCGUACAAAGGCGGGUACGAUUUGACGAUAGGGACCUCUGACACUGGAAAGGAUGUUCAUGAGAUUUCCUGCAAGGAACUGAAAUUUCAGCACGCGUUGGUCGUUUUUGGAGGGGUUUUUGGUCUAGAGCCUGCGUUGGAAAAUGACGUUAAAUUAAACGUGGAUAAAGUGGAGCUCCUUUUCGAUCAUUAUGUCAACACAGUUCCUGGGCAAGGGUCUAGAACCGUGCGUACGGAGGAAGCGGUUCUUAUUUCUUUGGCUGCACUUGGAGAGAAGCUGGACCCAACGAACCAUCCGAAAGAGUUUAAACAUUUUGACGCUAUUCCACAAAGUCAGGAUACUGGAAUACAGCAGUACGCUUUCAAUGAGAAAAAGAGAAAACCAGUUCCGGAAGCGUCUGUAGUGGCGAGUGAAUCUGCCUCAGACGAUUUGUCGCGAUUUGAUUGAGGUAAUCACAAUUGUUGCUAUUCAA